CAUUUUGUCAGUCGCCAGCGGAUCCCGCGCGCUGGAGAAGUGCAGUUCCUCUUGGUUACCAACUCGUCCGCUCUCCCUCCGCGGUGCGGGCGCCCUCGAAGAGCACUCACCACAGACACAGUCAGGCCUCCCUACAGUGCCGCUACUGCUGUUGCAGCCGCCCGAAACUAGUGCGCUGUCUUCUUCCCUUGCCACUGACAGGCGCCCUCGGGGAGCCGCCGUCAGCGAUGUCAAGCGAGGAAAGCUACCAGGCCAUCCUGCGCUACCUGACGAACGAGUGCGAGCCGUACGCGCCGGGCACCGAGGGUAAUGUCAAGCGUAAAAUCCGCAAGGCGGCCGCCUGCUACGUGGUGCGCGACGGAACGCUGUAUUACCAGCGGCGGCAGCGGCACCGCAAGACCUUCGCCGAGCUGGAGGUGGUGCUGCAGCCCGAGCGGCGCCGGGGGCUUAUCGAGGCUGCGCACCUGGGCCCGGGCGGCACUCACCACACCCAGCAUCAGACCUGGCACGACUUGUCCAAGACGUACUGGUGGCGAGGUAUAUUAAAGCAAGUCAAAGAUUACAUUAAACAGUGUAGCAAAUGCCAGGAGAAACUAGAUCGAUCCCGUCCUAUAUCAGAUACUUCAGAAAUGUUGGAAGAAUUGGGACUAGACCUUGAAUCUGGAGAAGAAAGUAAUGAAUCAGAGGAUGACCUGAGCAACUUUACUUCGCCUCCAACUACAGCUUCCAAGCCUGCAAAAAAGAAGCCAGUAUCCAAACAUGAACUUGUAUUUGUUGACACCAAAGGAGUGGUGAAACGUUCUUCUCCAAAACAUUGUCAGGCUGUCUUAAAACAGCUGAACGAACAGAGACUCUCUAACCAGUUCUGUGAUGUUACUUUGUUAAUUGAAGGAGAAGAGUACAAAGCUCAUAAAUCUGUUCUGUCAGCUAAUAGCGAAUAUUUUCGAGAUCUUUUUAUUGAGAAAGGAGCCGUUUCCAGUCAUGAGGCAGUGGUGGAUCUUUCUGGCUUUUGUAAGGCAAGCUUCCUUCCUUUACUGGAAUUUGCCUAUACUUCUGUGCUAAGUUUUGACUUCUGUAGCAUGGCUGAUGUAGCCAUCUUGGCUCGUCAUCUUUUCAUGUCAGAAGUUUUAGAAAUCUGUGAAAGUGUACAUAAACUAAUGGAAGAGAAGCAGCUAACAGUAUAUAAGAAGGGUGAGGUACAAACAGUUACAUCUACACAGGACUUACCAGAACAAAAUGGAGGUGCAGCACCUCCUGUGGCUAACAACGAGGGAACUACAACAACUGUAUCCACUGAACUUGGGGAUUGUGAAAUUGUACUGCUGGUGAAUGGAGAAUUGCCAGAGCAGAAUGGAGAGCUAGGACAACAGCCUGAGCCCCAGGUUUCUUCACAGACCGAAGCUGCUCUGUCACCUGUAGGCUGUGUAACUGAUUCCCAUCCUGAAAUGGAGUCUGUUGAUUUAGUAACAAAAAACAGCCAGACAGAACUAGAAACUUUAAACAGCAGAGAAGAUGGCACAGUCUCUGAUACUCAUCCUAAGCUUUCAAAAGAGAAUGUAAUCAGUAGCUCUCCAGAAAACAGUAAUAUGGGAAAUGAUACAGCAACAGAGGAUAUCUGUGCUGAAGAUAUUUCAGAGCAUAGGCAGAACCUUGGCCAGUCUUUAAAAGAUGAGGAAAAUCUAGUUGAACCGACAGCACAGACAGACCAUAGUCCCGAUGAUGAUGAUACUUACAGAAGCAGGCUUCGGCAGCGUUCUGUUAACGAAGGGGGAUAUAUCCGACUACACAAAGGAAUGGAGAAGAAGCUGCAGAAACGGAAAGCCAUUCCCAAGUCAGCAGUUCAACAGGUGGCUCAGAAAUUAGUUCAAAGAGGAAAAAAGAUGAAACAACCAAAAAGGGAUGCUAAAGAGAAUACCGAAGAAGAAGCAUCCCAUAAAUGUGGGGAAUGUGGAAUGGUUUUUCAGAGACGAUAUGCUCUUAUAAAGCACAUACUGAAACAUGAAAGAGCUAGAGAUUACAAGUGUCCAUUGUGUAAGAAACAGUUUCAGUACAGUGCCUCCUUGAGAGCACACCUUAUUCGACAUACCAGGAAAGAUGCACCUACUUCAUCCUCUUCCAAUUCUGCAUCUAAUGAGGCAUCAGGAUCAUCGUCUGAGAAGGGCAGAACCAAACGAGAAUUUAUAUGUUCGAUAUGUGGAAGGACAUUACCUAAACUAUAUUCUCUUCGAAUACAUAUGUUAAAGCACACAGGGGUAAAACCACAUGCAUGCCAGGUCUGUGGAAAGACUUUCAUCUACAAGCACGGUCUAAAAUUACACCAGAGUCUCCAUCAAUCACAAAAGCAGUUCCAGUGUGAACUAUGCGUUAAGUCAUUUGUUACCAAACGGAGUCUUCAGGAACAUAUGAGUAUUCACACAGGAGAGUCCAAGUACCUUUGCUCAGUUUGUGGAAAGUCUUUUCACAGGGGCUCUGGGCUCAGCAAGCACCUAAAGAAACACCAACCAAAGCCUGAAGUUCGAGGCUAUCAUUGUACUCAAUGUGAGAAAAGUUUCUUUGAAGCUAGAGAUCUUCGCCAGCACAUGAACAAACAUCUUGGUGUGAAGCCAUUCCAGUGCCAAUUUUGUGAUAAGUGCUAUAGUUGGAAGAAAGAUUGGUAUUCCCAUGUGAAGUCUCACUCUGUCACUGAGCCUUACAGGUGUAAUAUAUGUGGCAAAGAAUUUUAUGAAAAGGCAUUGUUCAGAAGACAUGUAAAGAAAGCUACCCAUGGAAAAAAAGGAAGAGCAAAGCAAAACCUGGAACGGGUGUGUGAACAAUGUGGAAGAAAAUUCACUCAGCUGAGAGAGUAUAGGAGACACAUGAACAACCAUGGAGGAGUUAAGCCAUUUGAGUGCUUAACAUGUGGAGUAGCUUGGGCUGAUGCCCGAUCUCUAAAACGCCACGUCAGAACACAUACAGGUGAACGGCCCUAUGUCUGUCCCGUAUGUAGUGAAGCCUACAUAGAUGCUCGAACACUCCGUAAACAUAUGACUAAAUUCCACAGAGAUUAUGUGCCUUGCAAAAUUAUGCUGGAAAAAGAUACCCUUCAGUUUCAUAACCAAGGAACUCAAGUGGAGCAUGCUGUUAGCAUCUUAACAGCAGAUAUGCAGGAACAAGAAAACAGCGGUCCUCAAGAACUUGAAACUGUGGUAGUGACAGGAGAAACUAUGGAAGCUCUCGAAGCUGUUGCAGCUACUGAAGAAUGUCCGUCAGUAUCUACACUUUCUGACCAAAGUAUUAUGCAAGUGGUUAACUAUGUGUUAGCACAACAGCAAGGACAGAAGCUAUCUGAAGUUGCAGAAGCUAUUCAAACUGUUGAAGUAGAGGUGGCCCAUAUUUCAGAAACAGAGUGAAUGUAGUAAUGGAGAUGAACAGAAGGGACAUCUCACAUAAACUGAACUCACAGAACAUUUGUUUACAGUACUAUGUGGCUAUCCGCCUAGAGUUUGUAUGUCAAGGCUCUGGGCUGUUUUGGUGGUGUUUUAACAUUUCUAAACGGUUUGUCUGGCUAAUGGGUUCUGUAGAAAAGUCCAUUUACUGUAAAGAAAUUGAAAACAAAUCUAUUUGGCAGUGGAUUAUCAUGGUAUACUUUUUAUGAAUUAAUGUUUAUAAAGAACUGUACUAAAUUAAAAACCGUACAGUUUCAUUUGCAUUUUGACAUUAUUAUAUACUUUGAGUUUAAAAGGCUGUACUAAUUGGCUUUUCUUCUUUUAUUCUCAAAAUAUAGAGGUUCUGUGAUUUCAUUUGCCUUGUUUAUGGAUUAA